UCUCAGCGCACAGGCCAAAAGGUCCUCUUCUGGCACAGACUCUCUCAGAUGCAUGUAUGCUCGCUCGAUCUCUGUUCUGCCUGGAGUAUGGUGGUGAAGCGUUGUUUUUGCAUAUCGAACCUGUCACUUCCUUUUUUUCAUCUACUUAUGCGUUUCCAUUAUCUACUCCUUUUAAUUUAAUCUCAAAUCAGUAUUGUUCUAUAGAAUACAUCUUGUGUAUACCUUUUAUCUGCUUUGUUGCAGCUUCCUUCUGUUCAUCUUCUCUUGGUGUGCUUGCUGUGAUGUACAUGAUUCCGUAUAUGUUUAUGGCUGAGCUCAUAAUCUUUUCACAGCAUGAAUGUUUGUGUUUUCAAACAUGUUUCGCAAGUGUAUGCAAGAGAGAAUUUCUGAGUGAGACAGUUGGAGAGAGUAUCAGGAAGAAAUGGAGAGAAAGAACGAACGAAAUAAAGAAAAUAAGAAUGAAAAAGAGGGGGAGGGAGUGAGGGAAAAGAGCACUGUGUAUGUGUGUAUUCUUGCUUGCGCCAGAGAGAGAGAGAGACAGACUGAAAGAGAGAGAGGGGAGUGGGGGAGGGGAAAUCAGAGAGAGAAAAAGAGUGAGAGAGGAAAAAGAGAGCACACAUACACAGAGAACAGAGAGAGAGUGCAAGAAACACAGAGGAGAGUGUGUCUGUUCUGGUACUGAAAACAUGUAAUGUAUGAAAGGGAGGGCAGCGGGUGAAUUCGAACCUGUGACUCUGCGUCAGAAUGAGAUCUCUCAAACACCUGAAGCCACAGACCAAGAAAAAUGUGGAGGAGAAGACACAGCGGCUGGUCAGAUGUUACUCUGAGGCCAUGCACCAGCAGAUGGACGUAGGGACACAGACAGACCCUGUGGUGGUCCUGUCGCUGGCCCAAGCUGCUGUGUUGGGACUCAUCUCCCAGAACGAGAUCUUUGGCGCCACCAUCGCCCCCAACGGCUUUUACACCGGAGACCCCAAAGAGUCCCCUGCUCCGCCAGGUGAGAGAAUAGACUACGAGUACGCCGACCAGCUUAUAGGUGCCAACGGUGACUAUCUUGGGGAGAAUUUGGGCGAGGAUGGGCACAUGCACUCCAGCUGUGCUGAGAGAAGGUGGCAGGGUCAAUCCGAGAACAGCAAACCCCCUAUAGGGCACCAAGACAUGGCAUCGCACGUUAAAGGAGAAGCCGUUACCCCAGGUUUGCCCUCCUGCAUUCACAUGAUGAACAACAUGGUGCCCAGAGAAGGCAUGCAAAUGGUCGACCCCUCCAGCUACAGGGUCCUGCCCAAAGCCCAACCCAACAACUGCUGCUCCACCUGUGUCCGAGACCCCAAGAAUACGCAUCCUCCACCCGAUCCACAUUUACACCCUCAUUCCCAUGGCCACGCACCUCAUGAGGUACCUUCACGCAACAGGGGCCAAACACAUGAAAAAGGAGUAGAUGAGGUAACUGAGGUCAGGGAAGAUGGUAGAAAUGGUAUGGGGAAGGCAGGAACCGGUGGCGAGGAAAUUAGCAGUUACUUUCAGCCAAGCGAGGCUGGCUAUGAAGGUAGCGAGAUGGAAGGAGUUGGAGACUUCGAUGAGAACAAUGAGGCGAUGUUCUGGACAGAGCCAGUGGAAGAAGAGGCACCCCGUGGGCGCCGUAUUGACCGACUGGACAUCAACAUCCAGAUCAAUGAGUCAUACUGCGUGGACGUCGGCGAGGGCCUCAAGCGAUGGAAGUGCCGCAUGUGCGAGAAGUCGUACACCUCCAAAUACAAUCUGGUCACACACAUUCUGGGCCACAAUGGCAUCAAGCCACAUGCAUGUCCACACUGUGGAAAACUCUUCAAGCAGCCCAGCCACCUACAGACACACCUGCUGACGCAUCAGGGCACACGGCCACACAAGUGCACCGUGUGCAAGAAGGGCUUCACCCAGACCAGCCACCUGAAGCGGCACAUGCUGCAGCACACCGACGUUAAGCCCUACAGUUGCCGUUUUUGUCGCCGUGGUUUUGCAUACCCUAGUGAACUCCGUGCUCAUGAAGUAAAGCAUGAACGAGGUCGGUGCCAUGUUUGCUCGCAGUGCGGAAUGGAGUUUCCCACCUACGCCCACCUGAAGCGUCAUCAGGUGAGCCACCAAGGACCUUCCACCUUCCAAUGUAGCCAGUGCAACAAGUCUUUUGCCUACCGCAGCCAGCUGCAGAAUCACCUGCUGAAGCACCAAACACAGCGCUCCUUCUCCUGCAGUCAGUGUGGCCUGCAGUUUCUUCAGCUGCAUCAGCUACGCCAACACUCCCUCACACACAAGACAAACAAGCCUCAGGCCCGUGCUACUAAGGGAAUAAAGGGGUUUAAGUGUGAUGUAUGUGCCAGAGAGUUUACAUUGUCUGCAAACCUGAAGAGACACAUGUUAAUCCACGCCAGUGUCCGGCCAUUCCAGUGUCAUGUGUGCUUCAAAUCUUUUGUCCAGAAACAGACCCUCAAAACUCACAUGAUCGUACACCUGCCUGUGAAACCCUUCAAGUGCAAGGUGUGUGGAAAAACAUUUAAUCGAAUGUACAACCUUCUGGGCCACAUGCACCUCCAUGCAGGCAGUAAACCCUUCAAAUGUGCAUAUUGCUCAAGUAAAUUUAACCUGAAGGGAAAUCUUAGCAGACACAUGAAGGUCAAACAUGGAAUGGACGUCUCUCCAGAUGGACAAGAUGGCCCGCCAGACAUGGAGCCCCAUGAGGACUAUGAGGAUGAGAACUUCAAUUUUACAACACCAGAGAAUAUGGAAAAUAAUGAUGCGCCAAACCUAACUAAGCUCUCCGAGGUGGCCAUCCAGGAACUUGACUAUUAUAACUUUGGGAAGGAUGUGGGAAACUACAGUACAGGAUAAAAAAAAAAGUCUGAAUUACAAGUAACAAAUGGCCUGUGCUGGCACUUAUCAACCAUGAGGUGAUUGAGAUGUUCCUCUUUGAGAACCACUGCUACCCUUUUUGAAGUUGUUAAUGAGCAGGUAGAUGGAGGCCAUCUUGACCUCCUGGGGUUGAUUUAAUGAGGUAGCCACUCCAGUUCUGUCUCUAAUAAAAAGGGACUGGUAGUUUUGCGAAGAGUCCUUUGACUCCAUCCAGCUCGAACAAACAUAACGCUGUAUUUUUAGUAUGUUGUGAAUCACAUGGUUACAUUAAUAACCAAAACAUUAGCAGCAUAAAAUGCUGGUGCAUACACAUAGUCUUGUGUAACGUAAUACACACUGUCCUCCAAAUAUAACUUUGUUUGGGAAUAGCAGGUGCAUGCAGCCUUGUGGCCUUCAUCUGUGUGGUACCUCAAAGCAGUCUAUUUACUUAUUUUCAUUUACAUUGCCUUUACUUACAGCAG